GAUUGACCCGGUCCAGUGACGAACUCGGCGCGAGAGUUCUACAAUCCGUCCUAGACAGCCCGACCCGUCCACCACAGCCAUGUCGGAGCCUUUAGCGGUCGAGCUGAAGAAUGAGGCUUCCUCCUCAGUACGGGGCGUCUCAAUGUGGGGCACCGUGGUCACCAUGCUCAAUGUCUUCGUGGGAGGUGGUUUCGUGGUCCUGCCCUACGCCUUCCGCUUGUCCGGGUGGCUUUUCGUGCCCGUGCUCUUGGCGGUUGGCGUGCUGAUGGGCUUCACACUUUGGAUCAUGGGUUUCCUUCUGCAGAUGGUCGACCAGAAGGCCGACGAGCUGAAUGUGCCACGCUCGCAGCGAGACUGGGGCUGGAUCGGCUACAUGGCCUUCGGAACCCCCGGGCGGCUCUUGUUCGCCGGGUGCAUGUUCUUCGACCUCGCAGGAGGUGCUUUGGUCUUAAUGAGCAUUGUGAUCGAACAGCUUCCCUUCCUCUUGCCCAUCAACCACAAGGUGACUGCUGUGUUGAGCUGCAUCGUAGCCAUUCUCUUCUGCUUGCUCCCAAAGAAGGCCUUCUCCUGGAUGGCCGUCGUUGGGAUGGCUUCCCAAGUCUUCCUGGUCAUGGGCUUGGUGAUCACUGGCCUACAACUCCAUUCUGCUGGCGAAGUGGCUGAAGACCAGGUGGCGCUGAACAUCUCGGGCUUACCGCAGGGCUUUGGCAUCGCACUGCUGUGCUUCCUCGCGCACAGCGAGGCUCCACUGAUCUACCAGCUGAUGGAAGACAAGCGGCAAUGGAAUCGUGUGGUCGUUUACAGCAUGACACUGACUGAAGUCUUCCUGUUGGCCUUCGGCAUCCUGGGCUAUGGUUUCUUUGGCGGCAGCGUCGCGCAGUCCAUCGCAGACAACAUCGGCCGAGACACUGAGCUCCAGCUCCUGCCCAACGCCUUGAGCGCGUUCUUGGCAGCUGCCACGAUCCUAGGUUUAUCCUCCAAGCAGCUGGUGACGCUGCCGCUGUUGCUGGACGCGACCACAGACCUCUUUGGCGAAAAGCUGCAGAAGAAGGGGCAAUUUGCCAUGAAGGCUGUG